AUCACAGAGGCCUUGAGACUCCACGAAAGCAUGAGUAAGAAAGGUAUCAAACCAGAUGUUGUUACUUAUACCUCCUUGAUUCACAGUCUGUGCAAUGUAGGCCAGCUGGAAGAUGCUCUGGGAUUGUCGAAAGAAAUGACAAGCGCAGGCAUCCAACCUGACAUAUUCACUUAUGGCUCGUUGGUUCACUGCUUAUGCAACCUAGGCCAAUGGAAAGAUGCUAUGGUCUUGUUAGAGAAGAUGAUGGAGGCAGGAAUUGAACCGAACGUCGUUACUUAUACCUCUGUCAUUCAAGGAGUGUGCAAUUCCGGCCAAUUGAAAGAGGCCCGAAGACUGCUGAGUCAUAUGGUGCGAAGCAGAGUAAUGCCAGAUGUUCAAACCUUCACUAUUCUGGUGGAUGCACAUUGUAAAGAAGGAAUGCUUGCAGAGGCAAAGGCCGUAGUUGACCAGAUGAUUCAAUUUGGUAUUGUGCCUGAUAUUUUCACUUAUAAUACAUUGAUGAAUGGUUAUUGUUUGCAAAAUAGAAUGGACGAAGCUAUAGAAGUGCUUAAUUGGAUGGUUAAAAGAGGCUGCUCGCCUAAUGUUGUUUGUUAUAACACGUUGAUUAAUGGAUACUGCAGGAAAAGAGUUGACAAAUCAAAGAUGCUUUUCCAAGAAAUGCUGCAAAGGGGCUUGUAUCCUGAUGUCAUCACAUACAACACUCUUGUAAAUGGAUAUUGCCAGGUUGGGAACCUUCAAGCCGCAGGGGAGCUAAUCAACGAGAUGCAAUCUCGCAAUGUCUCUCUAGAUCGUUACACCUUGAGUGCUUUCCUGGAUGGCUUGUGUAAAACCCGACAGAUUGACAAGGCUAUGAUAUUGCUUCGAAAGAUGGAAGGUUCCAAAUUUGUCCCUAACAUUGUGGCUUACAAUAUCCUAAUAAAUGGCAUGUGUAAUGCUGGAAAACUCGACAAUGCAAAGGGGCUGUUUAAUUGUUUGCAUGCUCGAGGCUUGCAACCUAAUGUGUGCACAUAUAACAUUCUCAUGCGUGAGUUGUGCAAAGGAGGACGUACGGAGGAAGCAUAUCUACUUCUAAAGGAGAUGGAAGGAAAUGGAUGCUUUCCAGAUGGUGUCGCUUACAACACAAUGAUCCAAGGACUACUAAGAAAUAACGAAAAUACUAGAGCAGCGCAACUUGUUGAUGAAAUGGUUGAAAGGGGUUUUUCUGCAGAUGUAGCGACAACGGAGUUGUGGAUCAAAUACCUCAUGACAAAUGGAACUUCUUCCUUUACUAGGAGAACUGUCCAUUAUACUUCAAAGAAGAGGCAUACCUUGAAGUGGAUGGUGUUUGAAUCGCCAGUGGAGUAUAUUUGGGUCAAGCUGUGUAUCAGAUUAUCACCACAGAGACUGUCCGACUUUGAGAGAGAGAGAGAGAGAGAGAGAGAGAGACCGCCGAGCAAAAGCAGAGCUUCCAGUUUUCAGAUUCAUCAUCAAGCUGCCGAUGAAGCGCGCGAGCCUCUGUGGUGCUCCGUCUUCCUUCUUCUUCGUGCUCCAGCUGCGAUCUCCAGCGUUCGUCGGAGGUUCUGUUCGAUCCCUAACCCUAUUCUCCACGACCCGAACCGGCUCUUGAGUUACGUGAGGAAAAAUUGCAGAGCCGGUGGUGGUGGGUUUACGAGUAUCGGCGAUGCCUUGUGUUGCUUCGGUAAAAUGAUACAGACGAACCCUUUGCCUUCCGCCAGGGAUUUUAAUCUACUGCUGGGUGCUUUAGUGAGGUUGAAGCACUACUCGACUGCGAUCCGGUUGAUUGAGCGGCUGCCUUCUUUGGGGAUCGAGGGUGAUGUUGCCUCGCUCAAUAUUUGGAUGAAUUGCUUCUGCCGGUUAAAGCGGGUUGAUUUGGGUUUGUCUAUCCUGGGCAGAAUCUUCAAGCUUGGGUUUCCCAUCAAUGUCGUGACAUCGAGCACCCUAAUUGAUGGUCUCUUUAUUCAGGGCAAAACUGAUCAAGCACUGAGGUUCCUCGAUGAUAUGCAACGAAACGGCCUCGAACCUAAUGAGACCACGUAUGCGAUAGUCGCAAAGGGGUUAUGCAGGGCGGGUAACACCAGACUGGUUAUUGAAUUGCUAAGGGACUGGGAAGAGAGAAGCUGCAGGCUUGGUUCCUUCACAUACAACAUAGUGAUCGAUAGUCUUUGCAAGGAGGGAUUGAUUGCAGAAGCGUUGAGACUCCAUGAAAGUAUGAGUGGGAAAGUGAUCAAACCAGAUGUUGUUACUUACAACUCCUUGAUUCAUGGUCUGUGCAAUGUAGGCCAGCUAAAAGAUGCUCUCACAUUGUUGAAAGAGAUGACAAGCAGAGCAAUCCAACCCGAUUUACCCACUUAUAACUCCUUGGUUCAUUGCUUAUGCAACCUAGGCCAAUGGAAAGAUGCUACGGUCUUGUUGGAGAAGAUGACGAAGGCAGGAAUUGAACCGGACGUCAUUACUUAUACCUUGGUCAUUCAAGGAGCGCGCAAUUCUGGCCAAUUGAAAGAGGCUCGAAGACUGCUGAGUCAUAUGGUGCAAAGCAGAGUAAUGCCGAAUGUUCGAACCUUCACUCUCCUGGUGGAUGCAUAUUGUAAAGAGGGAAUGCUUGUAGAGGCUGAGGCCAUAGUCGACCAGAUGAUACAAUUAGGUCAAAUGCCUUCUAGUUUCAUUUAUAAUACAUUGAUGAAUGGUUAUUGUUUGCAAAAUAGAAUGGACAAUGCUAUGGAAGUGCUUAAUUUGAUGGUUAAAAGAGGCUGCUCACCUAAUGUUGUUUGUUAUAACACGUUGAUCAACGGAUACUGCAAAGGGAAAAGAGUUGACAAAUCAAAGAUGCUUUUCCAAGAAAUGCUUCAAAGGGCCUGAAUCCUAACGACAUCACAUACAGCACUCUAGUAUAUGGAUUUUGCCAGGUUGGGAACCUUGGAGCUGCGGAGGAGCUAAUUAAGGAGAUGCAGUCUCGCGAUCUAUCUCCAAAUCAUUAUACCUUGAAUGCUUUCCUGGAUGGCUUGUGUAAAGUGCAGCAGAUUGACAAGGCCAUGAUAUUACUUCGAAAGAUGGAAGAUUCCAAAUUUGUCCCAGAUAUUGUGACUUACACUAUCUUAAUAAAUGGCAUGUGUAAUGCUGGAAAGCUCAACGAUGCUCAGGGGCUAUUUAAUUGUUUGAAUGCUCGUGGCUUGCAACCUAAUGUGUGGACAUACAAUGUCAUUAUUCAUGGAUUGUGCAAAGGAGGAUGCAUGGAGGAAGCAUAUCAGCUGUUAAGGGAGAUGGAAGGAAAUGGAUGCCUUCCAAAUGACGUCACUUAUAACACAAUCAUCCAAGGACUAUUAAGAAAUAAUGAAAAUACCAGAGCAGCAGAACUUGUCAAUGAAAUGGUUGAAAGGGGUUUUUCUGCAGAUGUAGUGACUACGGAGUUGUGGGUUAAAUAUGUCGUGACAAAUGAAACUUCUUCCUUUUCGAAGGCAAGCAUGAUGACGGCCUUUGAUCAAAUUAAGUGAAGCCGAAACCGAAGAUGAAACUGAUUGAGCUCAAGAUGCCUCCAGAGCAGAAACAAACCAUCACGAGGAUCAUCUUUGGCCUGUUGAAGGAGCAUGGUCCUCUCACGAUUGCAGACACCUGGGAACGCGUUCAAGUAAUGUCUUUUUUGUUUUUAAACGUUUUCAGUGCUUGCUGAUUCUCAUCCCUUAUUCUUUGCCUCUCUGCUGCAUAAUGCAUCAACACCUUGGCAUCUCCUAGGUAUCAUCAUUUUUAUUGUUAUCUUGGUGUGCUUAAUUUGCUGAUCAUCGUCUCAAGACAAUUGAGGAAGUUGGUUUAAGAGGACUGACUAGCAAAAGGCACAUGAAAUUAGUGUUGGGAUGGAUGAGAGAGAGACAAAAGGUGCGGCUCCUGUGCAACCGUGUUGGUCCAAAUAAGCAAUUUUUCUACACAACUUGGUUCACAAAAGUGCGGCAAGAAAUGGACAGAACAAUGACACUGCUUCAAAACCUGGACAUCCAUGACUCGUUGCUGGUAGGCGUAUUGUAAAUGCAGAAAGCACACACAAAGAUGUGUCGCUUUGACUUUUGAGUCAUCAUUGUAUCUUGACCCUUCUUCCUAGUUCAGUUUUUGCUUGUUAGAAGGGCCGUACUUGCAUUUGCGAGGUCGUGUAAAUAAAGUUUAAUGGUAUGGUAUUACCUGAUUUGCAUAA